AUGAGCUUAUCUGGGAUCAGUCAAUUUGCCAACAGACAUCUAGUCAAAACACUAAAAUAUGCCGCACAGUCACAGAUAUAUCUCCAUCAGGCUGGAUCAACCUCAUUACUAUCAUUCAGCUCUAACCCAGCACGCUUGCCCAUAGGCAGAAUCAAAGCAAUAGAUAAAAUAGGUAGUGACUAUCAUGUCACACCUGAUAAGUUCGUUGAAAACAAGUCUUUCAUCGAGCUUUUACAGCAUGUCAUAAAAGACCAUGUUGCUGAUGACAUGAUGUAUCGGUUGGAUUCGCUCAAUUAUCUCAAUUCUUAUAUGCCCAUAUAUGAUCUAAAGCGUGUUCCUGAGUACAUGAACCAGCAAGUGAAUGUUGACAACGUGCUAGGCUAUAUCAAGGUCGAUGAAAUGGGCAACAUGGAUCCGUCCACGUACCAGGCUAACAACACAUAUAGAUUGUGCAAUGCGGACGGAAUUAUAAAAUUGAGUGACGUUAUCCUCGACGAAUUAAAGAAACAUUUGUGA